AUGACCCUCCCCUUGUCCGUCCCAUGUCCCUAUGUCCAUCAAGUGGAACAAAAAGUUUUCGUCUGCCCGGGGGUGCCGCAGCGCGUGGGGCCGGCGCUGUCCACGCACGAGUCUCCGCACCAGGCGGGCGGCUGGUGCCGGGACCCGCUGCAGUCGGGGGACCGGCUCUACGUGCUGCCCUGGGUGCCGUACCGCACCGACACGCUCACCGAGUACGCCUCCUGGGCCGACCUGGUGGGCGCCCGGCCCGCGGCCACGCACCGGCUCCCGCACCGCGCCGACGGCACCGGCUUCGUGGUGUACGACGGCGCCGUGUUCUACAACAAGGAGCGCACCCGCAGCAUCGUCAAGUACGACCUGCGCACCCGCAUCAAGAGCGGCGAGACCGUGGUGGGCGCCGCCAACUAUCACGACACGUCGCCCUAUCGCUGGGGCGGCAAGACCGACAUCGACCUGGCGGUGGACGAGGAGGGGCUCUGGGUCAUCUACGCCACCGAGGGCAACGGCGGGCGGCUGGUGGUGAGCCAGCUGAACCCCUACACGCUGCGCCUGGAGGGCACCUGGGAGACCGGCUACGCCAAGCGGGCGGCCUCGGACGCCUUCAUGGCCUGCGGGGUGCUCUACGUGGUGCGCAGCGUUUACCUGGACGACGACACGGAGCACCUGGGCAACGCGCUGGUCUACGCCUUCGACACGCGGCGCGGGCGCGGCUCGGCGCUGGCGCUGCCCUUCCCCAACCCGUACCAGUUCGUGGCCUCGGUGGGCUACAACCCCCGCGACAACCAGCUGUACGUGUGGAACAACCACUUCCUGCUGCGCUACGGCCUCGACUUCGCGCCCCUGGACGGCGACGGUCCGGUGACGACGGAGCAGCCCAGCGCCGCCCCCCCUCACCCCACGGCCCCCCCCCGCUCCGCCGCCCCCCCGUACCCCACCCCCACGGCCCGCCGGGGCCCCCUCACCCCCGGCCCCGGGCCCCCCCCGGGACCCCCCCCGGGCCCCGCGCACAGCGCCGCCACCCCGGGAGGGUCCCCGGGACCCCCCAACAGCGGGGCGGGCCCGGGGGGGCCCGGGGGGGGCCCCGGGGGGGGCGGGGGGCGCCUGUGCGAGGCGCGGGAGGUGCGCAGGGUGCAAUGGCCCGCGGCCCAGCAGGGGGCGCUCGUGGAGAGACCCUGCCCCAAAGGGACCCGAGGCAUCGCCUCCUUCCAGUGCCUGCUGGGGCUGGGGGUGUGGAACCCCCGCGGGCCCGACCUGAGCAACUGCACCAGCCCCUGGGUCAACCAGGUGGCCCAGAAGAUCAAGAGCGGGGAGAACGCGGCGUCCAUCGCGGGGGAGCUGGCGCGGCACACGCGGGGCCCGGUGUUCGCGGGGGACGUCAGCUCGGCCGUGCGGCUGCUGGAGCAGCUCCUGGACAUCCUGGACGCGCAGCUGCAGGCGCUGCGCCCGCUCGAGAGGGAGUCAGCGGGGAAAAACUACAACAAGAUGCACAAGCGGGAGCGAACCUGCAAGGAUUACAUCAAGGCCAUGGUGGAGGCCGUGGACAACCUGCUGCGUCCCGAGGCGCUGGAGUCGUGGCGGGACAUGAACGGCUCCGAGCAGGCCCACACGGCCACCAUGCUGCUGGACGUGCUGGAGGAGGGCGCCUUCCUGCUCGCCGACAACGUCAAGGAGCCCGCGCGCUUCCUGGCCGCCCGACAGAACCUGGUGCUGGAGGUGUCGGUGCUCAACACCGAGGGGCCCCUCCAGGAGCUCGUGUUCCCGCAGGAGCUGGGGGGUGACGGCUCCAUCCAGCUCUCGGCCAGCACCCUCAAACAGAACAGCAGGAACGGGGUGGUGAAGGUUGUCUUCAUCCUGUACAACAACCUGGGGCUGUUCCUGCCCACCGAGAACGCCACCGUGCGCCUGGGGGGGGACGGGGGGCCCCGCGCCCCCCAGCUCGUGGUCAACUCCCAGGUCAUCGCCGCCUCCAUCAACAAAGAGUCCAGCAGGGUCUUCCUGAGGGACCCCGUGGUCUUCACCCUGCCCCACCUGGAGACCAAGAACCACUUUGGGGCCAACUGCUCCUUCUGGAAUUACUCGGAGCGCUCCAUGGCCGGGCACUGGUCGAGCCAGGGCUGCCGCCUGCUGCGCUCCAACGGCACCCACAGCUCGUGCGCCUGCAGCCACCUGACCAACUUCGCCCUGCUGAUGGCACGGAGCCAGAGCUUCCCGGGGCGGCUGAACGAGGUGCUGCUGUCGGUGAUCACCUGGGCAGGGAUCCUGGUGGCCCUGCUGUGUCUGGGCCUGUCCAUCUCGGCCUUCUGCUGCCUGCGGGGGCUGCCCUCGGAGCGCACCACCAUCCACAAGAACCUCUGCAUCAGCCUCUUCCUGGCCGAGCUGCUCUUCCUCGUGGGCAUCGACAAGACGCAGUACCAGGUGGCCUGUCCCAUCUUUGCCGUGCUGCUGCACUAUUUCUUCCUGGCGUCGUUCUCGUGGCUGUGCCUGGAGGGGGUUCACCUGUACCUGCUGCUGCUCGAGGUGUUCGACAGCGACCCCGCCCGCCGCAAGUACUACUACGCGGGGGGGUACUUCUUCCCCGCCGUCGUGGUGGCCGUGGCAGCCGCCGUGGACCACCGCAGCUACGGCACCGACCAGGCGUGCUGGCUGCGGGUGGACAAUUAUUUCAUCUGGAGCUUCAUCGGGCCCGUGGCCUUUGUCAUCCUCGUGACGCUGGUGUUCCUGCUGGUGACCCUGCACAAGAUGCUGCGCAGCUCGGCUGCCCUCAAACCCGACUCCAGCCGCCUGGACAGCAUCAGGUCGUGGGCACUGGGGGCCAUCGCGCUGCUGCUGCUUCUGGGGCUCACCUGGGCCUUCGGGCUCCUCUUCGUCACCCGCGAGUCCGUGCUGACGGCGUCGCUGUUCACGGCCUGCAACGCCCUGCAGGGCACCUUCAUCUUCCUCUUCCACUGCGCCCUCCAGAAGAAGUGGUGUGUUACUGGCGUGUGA